GUACGCCGACGUUGUCGAGACAGUGAGCAGUAGGAGCGGGAGUACAACAGCAGCAGCACACAUUCGACAACAAUCUGGCAACAGUGGCUCUGCUCGGUAUAACCGAUAUAUUGUGGCACGGCCGUGGUGUGGAAUUGAAUGGAGGGGAACUAGCUCAGGUCAACCCUCCCUACUCUGGCCGGCUCAACUCUCGGAAUACGACACAACCCCUCAUCUACAGUCGCGUCCUCCGACCCUCGCUCGUGCCCCUCCGCGUCUCUCCUCGUCACUCUCCCAUUCCCCCCUCACUGUCUCUCUCUCAGUCGCCCCCACUCUGGUUUCCAGAAGCACACGGCCGAUUUCCCCCACCCUAAUGUCGACAGACGUUUCUCAUACCCUUCCUUGUACCCACACAUCCAACAUACUCUACCCUACGCAAGCUUGUUCUCAAAGUAUUUAGCCACGUGUUGGUGUGUCGGUGUAAAUAUUACCCCCUGACCCCUCGCAUGACCGAUUUUCUCUCCCUCGUGCCAACGGCCUCUGGUCUCUGCUCGCAGUCCGCACCGUCACGGCGACAUACUACAGUGUCGCCACCACCGCCGCCGCAAGUUACUCCCCCACCACAAACACUUACUAUACUCACAGUAUACAGCAUUUGGACAGACACAGACUAAAACCCGACUAUGACGAUGAGGACGAAUGGAUGGCGACUGUAGGACAGGGACAGACACACGCCUAAGGCACCGGGGGCAACACACACAGCACAGAGAGAGCCGCCGCCGUAGCUGCUCCUGCCGCUGCCGCUUCACCAACCUCUCACCAGUCGACAACCAGACAGUAUUACUUGCGACCGUUUACCGAGCACGUCGUAAGGGACCAAUGCUUCCCCGACUUUACAACUUGCCGGACGUGUGAGAAUCAUUUUUAGGAUUUCUUUUUAGUUAUCAUUCAUUUUACGCACACUCAUUACCAUUGACAAUUUACUAAUUAACUAAAUAAAUAAAUAAUUUAAUAUUUUAAAUAAAUAAAUCAAGGACUUGUUCUGUCACUGACUCAAAGGACAUGGAUUCUAAAUGAUUUGUUUUCUAGUGAACGUGAACGGUGGAGUGAUUUGUUGGUUAAUUACUUAAAAAAAAAUAAGACUAUAAAAUAUUUAAAUUUAAAAAAAAACUGUGUUGUGGGGGACCAAGACUAGUUAAGUGUCAAAUAAUUAAUUUUAUUAUUUAAAAUAAAAUAAUGUGUUGUGUCAGUGCGAGUAUUGGAUUAUAAUUAACUGUACUCGUUUUGGCGGGCUUUUCAAAAAAUUCAAAAGAUAAACUAUAAGGAGAAGAGCGCGAUCAUCAUCAGGUGAAUAUCGCGCUGAAACCAUCCCCUAAGUGGGGGUGGUGUUUGUGGGUUUAGUGCCGGGGCGAUGGUGGCAGCUGCCACAGCUACGGCCAUCGCCACUGCCUGCGUGGUGGCCAUGCAGGACCGCCAGGACAUCCCUACCCAAUUUAAUCAAAGCCAGCAUGGAAUGCCGCAUCAGUCGUACAAUACCGGGUACGGCCAACGUGGCGGACCAAUGGGUGGAAUGGGACCCACGAUAAACAGCUACAAUGGUAUGGGUUCAAUGGUACCUGUCCAAUCAAUGAAUUCCAUGAAUUCGAUGAAUACUAUGAACAGUAUGAACGGCGCUAUGAAUCCGAUGUCAAUGAGUGGCAUGAAUGGGAUGAACGGAAUGAGUCCCAUGAGUCCGAUGAGUGGUAUGGGGAACGUCAAUAACAACAUGGGUGGCAUGAACUCGAUGAUGCCCAGCGCCAUGCAGAUGAACAAGAUGAACAUGCAGCAAGCUCAGGCCCAGGUUCAGGCCCAACAAGCGGGGUACCCACGUCGGUUGGCGCCCUACCCCAACCCCCAGAUGCAUAUGGUCCAGAAACGCCAGCAGCAAGUUGGCUACGCGAACGUCCCCUCUAACCCGAUGCAGCAACAGCAACAGGGUUUCAACACAAUGCCAAACAAUAUCCAGCCUAAUCAAUACCCUCCGACAAACUAUCCAUCAGCCCGACCGCCGCCAAACUUCCAUCCGCAGUAUCAACCAAUCCAGGGUAUGGGAAAUCCUAAUCCCGGUGGAUUCCCACCCAACUCCAUGAUACGCGGUUCCAAUAUGAGACAGCAGACCCCCAGCUACAACACGCCAUCGGUCGUCUCGCAAUCGAGCAAUCAGUAUUACGGUGCUAAUACGCCGAGCGGCGUUGUUGGCUCCUCUGUCGUAAACAUGGGCCCCAAUGGUAUGUCCAGCCAUCAGCAACACCAGCAACAACAGCAGCAGCAUCAACAACAGCAAUUCAUUCACCAGCAGCAACAACAGCAACCCAACCCUGCUGCAUACGUCAGUAACUCGAGCUAUCCCACCAACGGCCAGUACACGCCGGACGUGUCGAUAAGAACAUCCGGUGCCGGUAACAUGAAUUACCAGCACAGUCCCAUUCCCGGCAAUCCAACCCCACCACUAACCCCCGCGUCAAACAUGGCGCCCUACAUAAGCCCCAAUUCCGCGGACAUAAAACCCAACUUCAACGAAUUGAAGUCAACGGUGAUGCCCCAGCAGAAAGACGACGAACUGAGACUAACAUUCCCCGUGAGGGAUGGUAUUAUUUUACCGCCUUUCCGUCUGCAGCACAAUCUCGCUGUCAGCAACCACGUGUUCCAUUUGAAGUCGACGGUACACCAGACCCUGAUGUGGCGAUCGGACUUGGAACUCCAAUUGAAGUGUUUCCACCACGAGGACCGACAGAUGAACACCAACUGGCCGGCAAGUGUGCAAGUGUCGGUAAACGCAACCCCACUGGUUAUCGACAGGGGAGAAAAUAAAAGCUCCCAUAAACCUCUUUACCUCAAAGAUGUCUGCCAGGCUAGCAGAAAUACCAUUCAAAUCACUGUCUCAGCUUGCUGUUGCUCGCAUCUGUUCGUACUGCAAUUAGUCCACCGACCAAGCGUAAGAAGUGUUCUUCAGGGUUUACUGCGCAAGCGGCUGCUGACUGCGGAUCACUGUGUGGCUAAAAUAAAACGGAACUUCAAUAAUACCAUGUCGAAUAACGGGAUGCAGUCCGAGAAAGAUGUUGUCGAACAAACGGCACUUAAGGUAUCGUUAAAAUGUCCGAUAACAUUCAAGCGAAUUACGUUACCGGCACGGGGGCAUGACUGCAAACAUAUACAGUGUUUUGAUCUUGAAUCAUAUUUACAACUUAAUUGUGAACGUGGCGCAUGGAGAUGUCCUGUUUGCACGAAAUCCGCACCGUUGGAAGGCUUAGAAGUAGAUCAGUACAUGUGGAGUAUAUUGACUACGUCAAAUUCCGAUGUUGAAGAAGUAACGAUAGAUGCAGCCGCUAAAUGGAAAUCAUCAAAGAGCAUGGUCAGUAUAAAGACCGAAGAAGACUUGGACUGCAAGAGAAUGAUAAAAGCGAUGUCGCCGGGAAGUAUGAACAUGCCGACUAUGGUCAACUUCGAUAUGAACCAGGCGAUGAGUCCAUACAUACCUCCCGAUAUGAACAGCAUCGUCAGCGGUUCGAUGAUGAACAACACCCCGCCCGCUUACGUCAACAAUAACAUUAAUCAUCGGAACUCAUCUGGCGGUUCCUAUGAUAUUAACUCUAGCACGACGAAUCCCAGCAAUGACUACAGCAAUGGCGCUGGACCUCUGAGCCAUCUCAGCGAUUCCGUCAAUUCACUCGAUCCUCUAAACGCAAUGGAAAAAUCUCUAAAUGAUCAGAUGCCGCACACACCCCAUACUCCGCAUACACCACAUACACCUCACACACCAGGUGGCGGUAACAGCGGACCUCCAAGUGUACCACCAGCAUCACAAGAAUCAACGGGAAAUCUUAAUACUUCAGGCAAUAGUACGACGAAUAUCAAUGAUAAUACAGACAUACCGUCGGAUUUGAAUUUUGAUCCGGCAGCAGUCAUUGAUGGUGAGGGAACCGGUCAAGAAGCAUUAAAUUUGUUGCCAGACAAUGUAGUAGACCCAAUGGAAUUACUAUCGUAUCUCGAACCACCGGAUCUCAAUACACCGCCCAGUAGCGGUGCCAGCAGUGGUAACCCAUCAUCAAGUGAUGACAUUCUCGCCCUCUUCGAGUAAAAAAGUUUAAAUAAAUAAGUGUCGAUAACCGAUUAUUGAAAUUAUUUAAAAUAUUUUUAUUGGCGGGAACGACACAAAGGUCUACGUCAUCUUAAAGGUGAUUACACCUUAAAAAAACAAUGGUACAAACAAAUUUAGCUAUUGACAUAGGGCAUAGUGUUAGAAAUGAUAAAACAAUGAUUAUAUAUAAUCAUUUAUUAUCAAUUUAAAUAGCGAACACAGUUUAACUCUGUUAGAGCUAGUGCUUCUGUAUAAAAUUUCAUCCAUAAUGGACCACUUGAACUAGAUUUACGAUGUUUUUUUUUUAAACUUAAUAUCAAAUCGAACUAUUGUCUAUGGAGUUGGGUUAGGUUCUGUCGAAUCGUUGCGUUUUAAAUAAUUCUUUGUGGUUUUUAUGGGAAUUAUCAGUCCUAAAUAAAUUCCUUGGUUCUGAAUAAUGAUAAUUUAAAAAAAAAAAUUAUUUUUAAACGUUCAUUUUUAGAGGAGGUAAUUUUUUAACGGCAAACGUUUCGCUAGUCGGGUAUGAACGGAAAAUUCAGGUGACGCUGCGAGUGACGUUUUGCAUUUUAAUCACUCGCUGAGCGAAAUUUAUCAUUAUCUUUAUAUCAAAACAGUAAUUUGGACCAAAAAAGACCGCAAAGAAAUUUUUGAGGCCUACUCGGCAUACGGGACCUUUACCAAAAAAAAAAAUUGAUUUGAUUCAUCGUAAAUCUGUGAGUUUAAUUAAUUUUUAAGGAAUAUUGUUAAUAAAAUAAAUAUAUUCCGGUCUUAAGUAACGGUCUGAUGGACCCUUGUACAGUACAUUAUAAUUAUUAUUUAAAAUUAUUAAGUAAUUAUUUUAAAUCUAUUGGUAUUUUAUUAUUUUUUAAGUGUAAAUAGGUUACAUUUAUUGUUUAGCAUUACGAAAAAAAAUUUUUUGAAAAUGCUUUCGAUAAAACGCACAGAGUCUAGAUCAAAUUUUAAAACGACACAAAAUUAUUAUUAAUAUUGAUUAUUAAAUCAAGGGGUCGGGGAUUAUAAAUGCCAAAUUUGCCAUUAUUAUUUUUUCUGUUUUUUAAAAUAUUGAAGAACAAAUUUUUUAAAAUAAAGAGUAUUUUUUAAAAUAAUAAUCAUUUUUUUUUUCCUAAAAUUGUCGCCGAAUGUAAAUAAAUAAUAAUAUUUUUUACUUUAUUUUGUGUAAAAGCAGCAGUGGAGUUAUGAGGUUAUUAAAUUUUAAUUAAGUAUUUGAGGUUAUUGUGAAGGUUUCAUAUAUUUUUUGUUUCAUUUUUCAGGUUAUUUAAAUUACCCGCGCUUUUAAAUAUGAACAAAUCUAAUUAUAGGUUUUCUGGAAGUUUUUGAGAAUUUAUAUCAAAUUUGGAUUUUUUUUAUAUUUGAAUUAUUGGAAGUAUUUUACAUUACACAGAAAAAGAAUUUUUUGAUACGAUAUAUUUUGAAUUAUGAAUUGAAGACAAAAAUUUUUUAUUGCCUUAAGAAAUUUUUUUAUCGCCUCAAGAAAAUUUUCGUUUUCAAUUUUCGGUGUAAAAAAUUUCUUGGGGCAAAUAAAAGUUUUUUUCGGGUGAGUAAAAUUUUUCUACCCUAAGAAAUAUUUUUUCUGUGUAAUUUUUAAAAGUUUUUAUUUUAAAUUUUCAUGAAAGUCCACGAUAUUGAUUUUUUAAUUAAAAAAUUUGUUUUUUCAAAGAAGAAUUAGAAUUUUUCAUGUCUAAUAUUUUUUUUUAUAUAAAUUUAAAUACUUCGAAAAAAAAUCAGUUAAAAUGAAUAGUUCCGUGAUAUUUUUCCCUGAAAUUUUAGUUUUCAUACAUUUUAACCUCUUUUCCAUUAAUUAACAAGUUUCUCGAUAAAACUUCUUUGAAAAAAUACCCAGAAAACCAUAACCCAACUUAAUUAGCCACCGGAAGUGAAAAUAACCUUAAAAAUGAUUAAAAAUAUUUAUGUACCCGAUGGGAGUUUUUCGCGCAUCGAGAACGAAAAAAAUCCCGGUAAUUCGACUGCUUAAGGGAUAGUUCCGGAAGUUGGGGAUGGCCUGCAGUUUUCGGCUGACAUACCAGUACUUACAUGCGAAAAAUUUCUUAAAUCUCACCCCUGGUGGAAAUUUUUCAGACUUUUCUUUGAGAAACUCUGAAAAAGUCUGCAGAACUUGAGAACUGAGUUUUUCAGAGAAAAUUCCGAAAAAUUUCCACCAGGGAUUCAGUAGAUUUCUCAUUUUCCAAUUUGUUUUCGGCGCGAAAAACUUUCCGAUCUUCAGGAACAGAAAUAUACACUCAUAUAUUUGAUUUAAAAUAAUUUUUUAAUAUUAUAUUUCAUAAAUUCGGUUGCGUUCAUGCAACUCGAAAAAAUUCUUGCCGAAAAUUUUACAAGAAAUUUGUUAUGACUGAAAACAUUCAAAAGUUCUACAAAACUUUGAAAUUUUAAAUUUUUAAAUUAAUGACCCGAGGAACUGAUCAUCAGAAUCAGGAAUCGAGAUUUUUUUUUAUUAAAAUAACGAUUUCAAGAAGAAAUAAAAAAAGUAAAUUCAAAAUAACUUCAAAAAAAAUAUUUGGCGCCUGAAUUCACAAUCACCUCAAAUUCCAAUAAGUGAAUAAGUAAAAAAAAAGUAUGAAUUAUCUUAUGGGCAUAAUAAAUGAUUUGAAUGAUAAAUAUAUAACGUGUGCCUAUCGCGACUGCCAGAAAAUCUGGAUGGACUAAAAAAAAGGAAAUAAACGCCCAGAUUUUUACAUUCACUGCUUUUACAUCCGUAUUUCUUUGCAAUUGAUAACAGAAAAGUUAAAUAAAUAGUUAUUGAUUAAACAGAAGAGAAAUACUUAAAGUGAUUCAUGUAGAUUAUAAAAAAUUUUAUAUAUAUAUAUAAUAAAAAAAAACAAAAUAUGUAUUUAUAUUCGUGCGUUUAUUGAAAAAAAGCGCACAUGCAGUAGACGAAGGAUCUUUCUAUUUAAAUGAAAAUAUUAUUUACUUAUUAUAUAAAGAGAAUAAAUUGGGAUUAAAUUUUAUUAUAUAUUACUUAUUAUAUUAAUGAAUAAAUAAAUAAUUAAAUGAAUAAUGUAUAUCAUAAGGGCGAUUAUUGUAUGAUAUUUGUAUAUAUUGAUUAAAAAAUGAAAAAUACAAAAAAAAUGAUUAAUUAAUAAGAAGUUAAGCAGAUUAGAUUAAUAAUAUAAGAAACAAAGUGGCGGAUACUUAUUGGCCAGUUAUAAACAUUAAUAUUAAUUAAUAAUGAUAAUAAUUAAAUAAAAUGAUAAUAAAUGAA